CUGAUUUACUGGCUCUCAAAGUUGUUGCUCUUGAUCUCAAAGUUCUAGCAUGUCGUACCUUACUUACAGCCGGUAUUUGCUGUGUCAGUGUUUAUCAGGUCGAGGGCUUGGACUAAGGUUUUUUUUCAUUGUACUUUAUGGUAAUGACUUGUAAUAUGGGCAGGCUCCGGCAGCAGGGCAGGACAGAUGUGGCUGUGGACUUGUACCUGGCCGUCCUUCUGCUCUUCACCAUCCUGGCCCUCGUCCUUGCCUCCUUCUUCAUAAGGCUGCGGGGAGCCGAGGGCAAGCAGACCUGGGAGCUGGCACGGCCAAAGAGGCCCCGGGAGAGCAGCCCCGGGGACCAAGUGGCAGCGGGAGGGGGGCAGGAGGCUGGGAUGGAGUGGCUGCUGGUGGAGGAGGUCGAGGAGGGGAAGGAGGCAGCUGCCGAGCAGCGGGAGGAGCUGGCGGAGGAGCCGAGCUCUGCGGCCGAGCCCAGCCCUGCAGUGGCCAAAAGCAUCCCCUGGCAGCUGCCUGCCAAGCCCCAUGAGCCUGAGCCCCAGGAGGAUGCAGAGAGCGAGAUACCACCUUUGGGAGACUCAGCUGGGCCCAGCCUCGGGCACCCGGGACAAGUGGAGGAUGCAGGAGACCACGCAGCAUUUCCCGGCAAGGCAGGGGAGGAAGAUCUGGAGGACUCAGAAAUAAGAGAAGCUGGGGAAUUAGAAAUCCUCGGGUAG